ACAUCUUCCUACUGCCAUGAGGAAAAUGUACACCCUCGUUCUCUUUGUGGUGGGCUCCUUUUGUCUGAACGGAAGCAUGGCAGCAGAUGCUGAAGAAAAGCUAAUGAAUCACCUACUGAGUCCUGACAGAUACAAUAAGUUAAUUCGACCAGCAGUCAACUCCUCCCAGCUGGUAUCCAUCGAGCUGCAGGUGUCCCUGGCACAGCUCAUCAGUGUGAAUGAACGGGAGCAGAUCAUGACGACGAACGUCUGGCUGAACCAGGAGUGGAUUGAUUACCGGCUGGCUUGGAAGCCCUCUGACUAUGAAGGAAUAAAUAAGCUGAGAAUACCUGCAAAACACAUCUGGUUGCCAGACAUUGUGCUUUACAAUAAUGCGGACGGCACGUACGAAGUCUCGCUGUACACAAACGCCAUUGUAAAGAACAACGGGAGCAUUCUCUGGUUGCCCCCUGCCAUUUACAAGAGUGCCUGCAAGAUUGAGGUGAAGCAUUUCCCUUUUGACCAACAGAACUGCACGCUGAAGUUCCGCUCCUGGACGUACGACCACACAGAAAUUGAUAUGGUGCUUAAGACUUCCAUGGCAAGCAUGGACGACUUCACGCCGAGCGGAGAGUGGGACAUCGUAGCACUCCCAGGAAGGAGGACUGUGAAUCCUCUGGACCCCACUUAUGUUGAUGUGACAUAUGACUUCAUUAUUAAAAGGAAACCACUUUUUUAUACCAUCAAUCUUAUCAUUCCUUGUGUGCUAAUUACAUCCCUAGCCAUACUAGUAUUCUACUUGCCUUCAGACUGUGGUGAAAAAAUGACCUUGUGCAUAUCUGUGCUGCUUGCCUUGACUGUAUUCUUGCUGCUGAUCUCCAAAAUUGUCCCUCCAACAUCUCUAGAUGUUCCACUGAUCGGGAAGUAUCUCAUGUUUACAAUGGUGCUGGUGACCUUCUCAAUAGUUACCAGUGUGUGUGUGCUCAAUGUGCACCACAGAUCUCCAAGUACUCACACCAUGCCCCCCUGGGUAAAGCUGGUUUUCCUUGAAAGGCUCCCAGCCUAUCUGUUCAUGAAGCGCCCAGAAAACCAUUCUCCACGGCAAAAGCCAUGCAACUGCAAAAAGACAAAGGCAGAGAAUCCUUGUAUGGAGCCAUCGGACUUCUACAAGAACUCUACCUAUUUUUUGAAUACAGCUUCUGCCAAAAGAUAUGAGAUGAAAGCCUCUGAGACACUUGACAAUGUCAGCAGUCACCGAGAUUUUAGGUUAAGAACAGGCACGAAAUUUUCUCCUGAAGUGCAAGAAGCGAUCGAUGGAGUCAGUUUUAUAGCAGAGCACAUGAAAAGCGAUGACAACGACCAGAGUGUCAUUGAAGAUUGGAAGUAUGUUGCCAUGGUAGUGGACAGGCUGUUUCUCUGGAUAUUUGUCCUUGUUUGUGUCCUGGGGACUGUUGGAUUAUUUCUGCAACCACUUUUUCAAAACCACACUGCUGCCAUAAACCCUUAGGUAUUACCGGAAAUUGUCAAUACUUACACAGACAUUUGAUCUCAUUCUGCUCUCAGUUCCCCUUUGUUAACUCCACAGAGAUGCCAAGUGAGUUGCACUUACAUCCCUUGGAGCAGGAAAAAGGAAAGCAG